CCAUGGAUUUUGUAACUGAGAUGAACGUAGUAGAUAUGAAGAAAAAAAGCAAAAGCUAAAUGCUGUUGCAAUCUAGAGACCAACAUAGAUGUGUGCAUGUUUGCUGGAAGAAAUGAUGAGAAAAAGUAACAGGGUGGACAUACCUGGUCCCCUUGCUUUUAUUUUGGAACUUUUCUUAUGCAGUGGACCACCAACUUGAUUUUUUCCUAUUAUAAACCAUGUUUUCUGGUUCUCUAAUCUUUCAUUUCUCAUGAAGUUGAACAAUUGUGAGGUAUCACAAUAAAGAAACACUGAGAGAAGAGAGAAGGCAAGGCUGUGCUUGUUUCAUAUCCUUGAUGGGUAAUAACAGGUUCAGAUUGUCUGAUAUGAUGCCAAAUGCAUGGUUCUAUAAGCUCAAAGAUAUGAGCAAAUCAAGGAAGAAAAAUGGCCCUCAUGUUAUGAAGAACAAAGUUACCUCACCAACAACCUCCCAAAGGUCACAACCUAGAUACUCUCAUUGUUUCUCCAUUGAACCCAACAUAACUGGUAAGUUAUACAACUCUCCUAUUUACACUAAGCACUCAGACAACAUAUUCAUUGAUUCACCAAGAAGAUCAUCUAAAAGAAGAACCAAGAGAAAAACCAUUUAUAAGCCUUCUCCCACAGUUGUCUCUUCACCAGUCAUAGAAAGUUUUAGUUCUCAUUCCACAAAUUGGAUUAAGCCAAAUCCACCUCACUCUUCUGACUAUUAUCUCUCCUCCUCCGAGAGUUCUUAUGAAUCAAACUUCCAUCAAUAUGUUUCAUCUGAGUCUGAGUGUGACAAGUUCACUAUUCCUGACCUUCUUAAUGGAGUAGCCUCUGAAUGCAGUUGUAGAGUUAGCUCUUCCACCAAUGACAUCAUCAUUGACAUGAAAAAUGAACCAUUCACUGGAAAUUCUCAAAAUCUUGAUGGGUUUGACACAAUUUCACAAUUAGGCCUUCCUCCAAUAUUGACAAAGCCAGUGAAGUUUGAUGAUAAGGUCAUUGAAGCCAUUGAUUUGAGAAGAUCAACUAAAUUUGAUGAGGUAAAUUCUCAUCAAUCUCAAGCUGUUAAAGUUAGCAAAGAGGAAAGCAGCAGAACUAAGAGAGACAGAAAAACCUGUCCAGUAUCUAGAAUUUCCUCUGCUAAUUCUACUGGUAUAAGACUUAGAGUCAAUUCUCCCAAACUUGCAAGCAAGAAAGUUCAAGCCUAUGCAAGAAGGAGUGUUUCAUCCAAAGCAGGCAAGGCCUCAGUGGAUACAGGGUUUCCAGAGGGAUUUGCUGUUGUUAAGUCCUCACUUGAUCCACAAAGAGACUUCAGGGAAUCAAUGGUGGAGAUGAUAGUGGAGAACAAUAUCCGAGCAUCAAAAGAUUUGGAGAACUUGCUUGCAUGCUAUCUUUCACUGAAUUCAAGGGAAUACCAUGAUCUCAUUGUCAAAGCAUUUGAGCAAAUUUGGUAUGAUAUGGCUCUACUUGGAAUGUAAAGAUUUUUGAAUUAUCCAAUGCAUGUGUAUAGUCUUAGCCAAUGGAGAAAAAUGGAAGAUGUAAAAACUGUAAACAUGGGUUGAGUUGUGUGGAAAUGGGAAGUGUUGAAGCAAAUAAAGGGAAGAAAAGUUAAUGCAGAAGAUGAUGAGGACCACAAAAUGAUGACAACACAGGCUGUAGGAGAAAUAAUAAAAGGUGUGGGAGGACCACAUUAGAGUGAGGAAAAAAGUCCACUUAGCCAACUAGACAGUGUUAUAAGGUGAAAAAUGUAUGAUAAUUGCACAUUUCAUCACUCUCUUUAAUUUACUUUUCUUUGCUAAAAGUUGAUCAGUCUCUUUACACACACCCUAAUGUUUCUUUCAAAAAUCCAGUGGAGACAGAAAGUUUAGAUUUUAGAUGGCCUGAAAGUUUAGUGUUGUGGGAC